GGGUGAAGGUCCCAGUGGUAAUCGGAGCCCUCCCAGUCUCUGAAGAGCGCAGUCCCAGGAACAGCCAAGAUUCUGCGCAGGACCCUCAAGGCCUCUGGUAGAGGACCCGGGCUGGAAGGAUGGAGAAUGUCUAUCAUGUUACACAGAUUGCCGAUGACAAAGGCCCUGUUGGAUCCGCUCUGAGCGCUGAUUACUCGUUUAAAACCAAAGCACUUGUAACCGUGUUACAGAACAAGGCCAGAUUAGCAGGAUCAGCAGUGAUCUGUGGGUGUGCCAACCUAACGUCUCCAAAUUCUGGAGAAGUUACGCCCACAUGUGAGCUUUACUGCUGUGCCCAACUUUCCUUCGUCUCAGUUCACGCAGCACAGCCGUCGUCUUAUUCCAAAGGGUGGUGCGCAGGGUGGCGCAUGUCUGAGUCUGUCUGUCUGCAGAUGUCUCUGAGUGAGAAAAGCGAUGAGGAGCUCGGCAACUUGCUCUCUCAGUAUGGCAUCAAACAUGGACCCAUCGUGGGCUCCACUCGGCAUCUGUAUGAGAGCAAGCUUGGAAAGGCGAUGGAGCAGGCUUCAGUGAAGACGUUCUCUGAUAAGACCUACUACAGAGAGGAAGAGGAAGAAGUUACCUACAUCACAUACCACAGUGCAGCUACACGUAAGCGCUCUGCCAACACGGUGAAGCGAAGCACUGAGCAACAUGGAGUUGAGAGACCAGACGCUGACACAGAGGCUGCCGUGCAGGUCACCUACAGCUCCACCAAUCACACAUCUGUACGAUCAGGGGAGCCCACUGGAGACAAGUCCACAGGAAGCCUGUGGAAGAUGAUUCUGGUGCUGCUGCCUUUAGCUGUGUUAUCAGCUGUGUGCUACUAUGCCUACGCCUACAUCGUGUGAUGAACAGUGGAAGUUGUUCAUUCGGGAAUCAUUUUCCUUUGGAUGGAAGGAUUGUUCCAUCGAUGUCACAUCGAGACUCUAUUUUUGUGCUUCACCACUUUUUACUUGGACUCUGCUACAGUAGCUUCACAUUCUGCUGUCCAACUUUAAAGCCAAAGCUUCUAGUGACCAGCCAGUUUUGAUUUUUUACAACUGUAAUACUGUCGAUUAUGUUAUUGUUAAUACAGAAAAAAAGUGGGACUGUCAGGUAAUAUCUGCACUGACCUUGCAGAUCAUUUCCAGUUGCAGUUAUUAUUCCUCUGCUAGAGUCAUUUUACACGAUUCACAGUUGAAAAUAAUACUUAUUUAUCUGUUACUGGCCUUUGGUGCAGCUCCCCAGCUCAUCUUCUGUCUGAAACAUCUGUUUUAGCUCCUCUAACAUUAAAGCCAUCCAUGUAUCCUUUUUCUUAUCUAAUUCAGGGUCACGGGGGGCUGCAGCAUACCAUAACCCUUAUCUAAUUAGGAUGCCCAUCUUCAGUAGGAAUGUCAGAAACUACUCCCACUAACUGAUCGUUAGUCUCUUAAAAAAAUAAAUUUCUUAUAUAUAAUUGUUGAAUUACACUUCUAAUCAAUGUCCGUUUUAUUAUUUUCUAUUUACCCGAGUUUUGUGUGUAAUGAGAUGUACUUAAUCAUGUCAUGUAGCACCAGAGAAAGAAAACCGAAGAAGAUUCAAAACACUGGACUCACACUGAGUCGUUGUGUCUACAGUGUAAGUAGACAAGUUGAUUACAGCGCUGUGUAACAAGUUUACACCUGCCUCUGUCCAGUUUAUCCAAACCUGCUACAUAGGAUUUAAAAUGUUACUUUAAAUCUAAAAUGCUGUCUUCCUGCUGUUCUGUAAAGUAUCACUCCUAAACAGUGUGCGUCAGUGUAACAGUGUGUAAUAAUAAUAAUAAUAAUAAUACAGUUUCUUAGCAACUGUAAAGCAGAAAGAAUUAAACUCUUAAUAAAAUGUAACUGACAAGAAAUGUAACGAGACAAAUUAUUAAAGGUAUUUUUUGUAAAAAUAAAAAAAUCAGAAAAUGUAAUGAAGACAUUUUACGAGAAACCGUA